AUGUUCAUCCUCGGCCUACGGCACAAGCACCGGCGCCUCCUCUCCCAAAUCAACUCACCCAGCGAGCGACGCCUUAGCGGCUUCCCCACCAGUCCCAACGCAAUCAUGAGCAUCACAGACGAAGACGUUGCGCGCAUGCCCGGCACGCGAGCCUCGGUACACCGGUCUCAGCACACGCCUCACAAUCGCAACAUUUUAUACACGCCAAUGGCAUCGCGCGAAAGCCUACCACCGCGUGCGUAUAUUCCCAAAGCACGUUCGAACGAUCGAGAUGAUCACGAGCCAGCUGCACCGCAACAAUCUUGGCCGCUACCUCGUCGAAUGACGCGUGCGGAUGGCACACCUUUGGUCAAGAUGCCAUCAUCGACACUGACUCCGUUCACUGAGAGGUCGAAGAAAGUCCUCCCUUCGCCUCCCAAGGACGCGAGAAACACCGAUGGAACACCGCGAAAAGAUGAGAUGAGUUCGAUUGGCAAUCUGAAUCUCAAUGGGAAAGACAGUGAUGCCACAAAAACGUUAUUUGCUACAGAUCUCACACCAAAACCGCUAUUUCACGGACAACAACGCAGUAGUUCAUACGGCAUGAUCGCUGAAAUAGCAGACGGAAGCAAGACCGAGCCAAGAGCCUCAAGGAGAACGUCGCAGUUUCCACGGUCGAAGAGCAUGUACAGUCAAGAGCCCGGCCUCGCUCCUCCGCAACCAUUGCCGCCAUUGCCAUUCGAGAUCACGUCAAAGAGAUUGCCGAGAGUCAAGAGCCCAGAGCAGAGUACAAGGCGAGCAUCUGGCGGGAGUUUGUUCAGCGAGCAAACCUCCAUACUCGAUGACAAUUGGCCCAAGGUUCUUGCUCAAGCUGGCACGGAUUUCACAUCCAUCACUCUUGCGUCCCCUCCCAGUCCCGCUUCGACACGUAAAGGACUCGGACAAUACGAAAUAAACCACGUUGUGUGGGACUCAUCUCACGAGGAAGGCAGAGCCAGUCCAAUAGGAGCUGCGAAACAGAUGGCGUUCCGACCACAACUGAACACACAACGAUCAUUUCGCGCUAGCAUCCAGGAGAGUUUGCCCCGAAGCAAAAGCAGCGGUCUAUCUCUAUCAAUGUCCCUGCAUGGGCCAUCACGAGCCGAGUCGAGAGCCUCUUUGGCCAAAGAACCAUCAAGCACUCACUCAAAGUCGAGAGUCGCGAUUCCCAGAAGUGCCGAAUCUAGAAGACCUGGACGCGGCAUUUCUCCAUCAUCGCCUCUUUGUCGCGCCACCGACUUCACCAUCCACGACGACACAAAAAGCAAGCGGGCAUCCACAUCAAUUUUGCACGCGGUUUCCGGUAAUGAAGGUAGUCCAAUCUCGGAUCCAUGGGAAAAGCGGCCGUGUUCUAUCGCGACCAGCAAUCCGGUAGAAUGGGACAUUGAAUCCCUGCCAGUAGCCAAAGCUGCUGCUCCAAAAGACAGAACGAGUGGAAAUCAACGUCAAAAGUGCAUCCGCAUCUCCAAGAUACCCCUCGUCGUCCCUUCUCCGCCAAAACCACCAGCCCUCGAAGAGCAAGAGGAACUACUACAUGGAGAUUCGACGACGCAGAACUCGGUACGCGGGACAAGACCAAAGCAAACAACCUUCCGUCCCCCAUCGCGACAAGAUUUCGAUUUCGCCCCACUGACAACUCUCGGCCUUCACAGAGAAAAUUCCCGCGUGAUGGACAACAACAGCCCAUUCUCCCCCACCCAAUUCAUGAUGAAUCUCUACCGGGAAGACGACAACAGCCCGGACAUAGAAGUCGACACGCCCACUCGGAAGCCCAGCGCACGGAAACAUUCCAGCACCCAUCCAAACCGCCGCAAGACAAUCUUCGACAACCCCAAACCAACAGCAUGGCCACUGCCCGCCCCGCCCACGGAGACCCAUCCGGAUCCAGAGAAACCAAACAACACCACCUCCCGCCUGAGCAUCCAAUCCACCGACCAAGACUCCAACCCGGACUCGCGCCCCCCAUCCUCCCUCCUCAACUUCCCAUGGCCACAGCCGCCCAAAACCGCCGCCGCCGCCAACUGGCGGGGUCCCAAAACGCCCAUCCGCCGCAUCGGCGGUCCCCGCCCUCCCCCGUUCCGCUACGUCUCGCCCGACCGGCGCCGCUCCCCGAUCCGGAGCGGCGUCGGCAAAAGGAGCGCCAGUCCGGUCAAAGAUCUCCGGCGGAGCGUCGCCGCGCUGCGGCGGAUGAACAGCGAAGUCGUCGGCGGCGGGGGCCGGAAGUCGAGGGAGCACAAGCGGUAUCUGAGCAUCGGGGAGAGCGGGAGCGGUAGCGGUGCGGUUUUCGACGAGGACUCGGUCGGUCGGCCGGGGAGUCGGAUCCUCUUUUCGCAGGCGGAGAAGGCUGGAGGGGACGAUGACGGGCUGGGGGGGAAUGGCAAGGAGAACGUCAGGGGGCCGAGGGACAUGCGGAUCUUCGGUGGCAUGACGAAGCUCGGCCCGCCGAGCGAUGACACCGACAGGUUGGGGAAGAGCCCGACCGGAAGCGUGUACGAUCGAGAUGGCUUUUUGAAAGAGCUGGAUGCCUGGCUGCGCUGA